AUGGGCCCUUGCGGCCCUCGGGACCUGCAGCCAUCACUGCCCCGGGCAGCUGGGCCCGCGGCUUCCCACCGCAAGUUCUCUGCCCCGCGGCAUGGACACCUGGGCUUCCUGCCCCACAAGCGGAGCCGCCGGCACCGGGGCAAGGUGAAGACGUGGCCGAGGGACGACCCCAGCCGGCCGGUGCACCUCACGGCCUUCCUGGGCUACAAGGCCGGCAUGACGCACACCCUGCGGGAGCUGCACCGGCCCGGCCUCAAAAUUUCCAAGCGGGAGGAGGUGGAGGCGGUGACAAUUGUGGAGACGCCGCCUCUGGUGGUGGUGGGCGUGGUGGGCUAUGUGGCCACCCCACGCGGCCUGCGGAGCUUCAAGACCAUCUUCGCAGAGCACCUCAGCGAUGAGUGUCGCCGUCGCUUCUACAGGGACUGGCACAAGAGCAAGAAGAAGGCCUUCACCAAGGCCUGCAAGAGGUGGCGCGACACCGACGGCAAAAAGCAGCUCCAGAAAGACUUUGCCGCCAUGAAGAAGUACUGCAAGGUCAUUCGGGUCAUCGUCCACACCCAGAUGAAGCUGCUGCCCUUCCGGCAGAAGAAGGCCCACAUCAUGGAGAUCCAGCUGAAUGGUGGCACCGUGGCCGAGAAGGUGGCCUGGGCUCAGGCCCGGCUGGAGCAGCAGGUGCCAGUGCACAGCGUGUUCAGCCAGAGCGAGGUCAUUGAUGUCAUCGCCGUCACCAAGGGCAGGGGUGUCAAAGGGGUCACCAGCCGCUGGCACACCAAGAAGCUACCACGGAAGACGCACAAAGGGCUGCGCAAGGUGGCCUGCAUUGGUGCCUGGCACCCUGCCCGCGUGGGCUGCUCCAUCGCCCGGGCCGGCCAGAAGGGCUACCACCACCGCACGGAGCUCAACAAGAAGAUCUACCGCAUAGGCCGGGGGCUGCACGUGCAGGACGGGAAGCUGGUCAAGAACAACGCGGCCACCAGCUACGACAUCAGCGACAAGUCCAUCACGCCGCUGGGCGGCUUCCCCCACUACGGGGAGGUCAACAACGACUUCGUCAUGCUGAAGGGCUGCAUCGCGGGCACCAGGAAGCGGGUCAUCACGCUGAGGAAGUCCCUCCUGGUGCACCACAGCCGCCGGGCCCUGGAGGACGUGGAGCUCAAGUUCGUGGACACCACCUCCAAGUUCGGCCGCGGCCGCUUCCAGACGGCCCAGGAGAAGCGGGCCUUCAUGGGUCCCCAGAAGAAGCACCUGGAGAAGGAGAAGUCGCAGCCCGCGGGAGACUCGUAG